AUAUCGACGCCAAAGUCAAAUUCAAGCGCAACGUUGUUUUGCUCGUAUUAAAUAAAAUAGAGAUAAAAGAUAUAGCAAAGUUAAAAAAAAGAUGAGCACUGAAGCAAUGGAGCACGUUUGCUCUUCGGCCAAUAAACUGUUCCCCGAGCUGAAUAUGCGUCUCAGUGACCUAACGCAUCCAACGGAAGCAUUUCUCACCCGUACUUUUGUGCAUUAUUUGCGAGCAUUUGGCUUUCGCGUGGAGCCGCCCUACAAUAUUGAAUCGAAGGAUACGUCGCGGGAGAAGCGCCAAUUCCUGAGCAAACUGUGCCGUCUAGUGGAGCGCAUACUGCAAAUCUCGUUUCCCGGCAAACCCUUCACCUACAUUGACAUCUUCGAGCCAACUGUUCGAAAGACAAGAAAUACGCUGGACGUGCUCUUCAAUUACUAUUGUUUCUACAAAAUGCACAAGAAGAAGAUUGUCACACCGGUUGUGGAGAAGCACAAGGAACAUCACACGCUAACCUCAACACUUGGCGCCAAGCAAAAGGAAUUGGGGAAGAACCAACAGGAUGCGGCCCAAUGGAAGAUAAAUAAAGCCAAGUCUGAGGCAAACAUUGAACAACUGCGCGAGGAGCUGCCAAAGGCACUGGCCGAGCUACAGGCGCAGUCAAAGCUGCUCGAGCAGAAAGAAGCAGAAGCCAAAUUGCAGGAGCAGCAGCUGCAGGAAAUUACAGGCCAAGUGAAUCAGCUCAAGCAGCUGGUCAGCGAUGUGCCCAAUGUUAAAGAGCAAACGGCACAAAUUGCUGCACGCAUUGAUUGCUUCAAGGUGGAAAUUGCCAAGCAGGAGGAACAACACAAGGAGCGACGCAUGGAAAUCGAGACGAAUCAGUUGCUCAACGAUGAAAUCGACAAGCUCUUUACCAUACUUCCGCCAGAGGCACUGAGUGCCUACAAGAAGUGCCUCAAAGAGAAGGAGCAGCUGGAAAAGGAGCAUCUCUCGCUGGAGACCACAAAUCAAGGUCUCCUCACCAACGAACAGGAACAGCAACAACAACUUCAGCAGCGUGAAAACGAAGUGAAACAAUUGAAACUCAACUGCGAACAUGAAGCACAGGCAGCAAAACAAAAAAUCGCCGACCAAGAAGCUGAAAUUGUCCAACAAGCUGCUCGAGUGGAGCAACUGGAGCAGAGCAAUAAUAAUUUGCUGGAGCAGCUGGAGGCGGAGCAGUGUACGGCUGAGCAUGUGAAGAGCUUCGUUGUGAAAUUGGAUGAUAAAAACAUACGCGAUAUUUAAGUUCUUAAUAUAUUUUCAUUUGAUUAUUUCUAA